AUGUUGCCCUCUUCGGUGCGGCGGGUUGUUUCUGCCGCACCUCAAUCAUCACUUUUAUCAAACCUCGCUCCUACAAGCACUCGAACACCAGCUGCCCUCACUUUCUGUUGUAACCCGAGAGGCCAACAGAGACGCCGUUACUCCUCGUCGAAACCUUCGAGCCCAAACGACUCCCCGAAAGGUAUCCCCGACGGCCAAGUAACGGCUACGCCCUCCCAAUCGUCGAAACAAAGCAGAGAGAAGCGAAGGAGCAAGGCCAAAGAAUGGACCGACAUUCAGCAAAACCUCCCAAGUGUUCCUAGUACACAACAUGUACCACAAGAGGCCGUGGCCUUAUCAACUUUCUUCUCUCUACAUCGACCGAUGUCCGUAACCCACAGUUUUCCGAAAACAGUGACCGACGAUGCGUUUGCUCAAAUAUUCGCCCCCCGCACGAAAAACAAUAAGUACAGUGAUGUUAUGUCCACUAUCUCUAGGACCGUCGAUGAGCUUGAACAGCCCAUGGAGAACCUAAGCCUGGAUGCUCAGCAAGGUGGCGAAGCCAUUACAGACGCCAACGGCGAGUCGAUACACAAGAUAGACCUCAAGCAUCCCGAUGGCACCAACUCGAGCGUCUAUGUUCAACUUAAUGCCAUGUCCGGCCAAUUCUUACCCUUUCGCCCCCCUCCGUUACCCCAAUCUGACGCCGCCGCCGCCGCCGAGGUUAUAGAAGAUGUACCGCAACAUCGCGUCUACAAAGCUAUGUUAACGCUCGAGGAGACGACAGACGAGAACGGCCAGAUUCGGAUCAUGGCACAUAGCCCGCUAUUGAUUCAGGAAGCGCCGGCGCCGCGUACGUUCCUUGAACGCAUGGCCCAACGCCAGAUCCGGUGGCGCGAAGGUCAGAAUCGAGACAUGCUCGCGAUUAGUGUGCGAAGACAAAAGAAAUUGAAGAUGAAGAAGAAGAAGUACAAGAAGCUGAUGAAGCGGACACGUAACAUUCGACGAAAGUUGGAUCGGGUCUAA